CACAUAGUGUUACACAGAAAAGAUGCUCAAAUGUAAAGGGAGCCUCAUUUCAUCUACAUCCUGACUGAAAUCGUCAAGCGAUGUUAACAGAUUAGGUACACAGGAUGCAAACUGGAUAUAUUCUGUUUUUUUUAAUCUUUCCCAUUUUCUCAGAAGGAUGCUGUGUGGGAAACCGUCAAGAGAAAAGAACGGGUCUUCAGCGAGAUGCUACACAGCAGCACUACAGAGCUGUGGAGGGGGAAAUGUUUAUUAUGCCCUGCAGCGAGUCUGUGACCCGGCACAUGAACGUGGUGUGUUCAAGGACCGGAGAAGGAGCUGAAGCCACGUCAUUCGUCUGCGGGAGUGAGUUCCCAGCGGAGGCAAAACAUUCUGGAAAGUACACAUGCAGUGGCAGCAAGCUGUUCUUCCACUUACAGGUGGUGAAGAGGUCAGAGUUCAGUCUUGGAUGCUUCCAGCCUGAGGAGAACAGUGUAGAGCUGCGCGUGAAUGUAGGUGGGAAUAUCUCCUGCCCAGGUCUCAACUGUAGUAGCAACACACAUGUCAUCUGGUACAAGGGUAACACAAAUUUGUCUAAGCCGAAAAGAGCCUCCUGUCAGAGGAGUGGGUGGUUAUAUCUCUGCCAAGUCAGUGAAUAUGACACUGGUGUAUAUUACUGUGAUCGGCAAAUAAGUGAGCAGGGAGUCAUCUGGACCUUCAGGAGGGCUGUUAACGUCACAGCCUUACCUGACAAAGCGAGUUACCCACCCAGGAUUAUUAAUCCCAAUGGCAACAUAACAGAAAAAGUUGAGCUUGGUCGGUCACACACUCUGAUGUGUAAAGUAUAUUUUCCUUUUGAGAAAGAGUUUUCGCGGGAGGUGCUGUGGUACAUGAAUUACGAUGGCAACAUGGAGAAUAUGAUUCUACUACCAAUGGAGGAGCCACAACAGGAAAGAGUGAAAUUUACAGAGUACAAGGUCAUACGAAGAGCCAUCAUUAAACAGGUGACUCCCCAACACUUAAACCACAGAUAUACCUGCACCGCCGGCAAUACUGUCGGGAACAGCAGUGUCACCAUCCGGUUGAAGGAGAAGAUUAAAGUGAGAUUGCUGUCGCUGGUUGGGUAUCCAGUUGCUUCUUUGCUGUUGGUAGCUGGAAUAGGAAUCUUUUUACAUGUGAAAUGGCUGGAAAUACAACUUAUCUACAGAUCCCACUUCCAACAUGGAAAACAUGGAAAACAUGAUGCAGAUGAGAAAGAGUUUGAUGUGUUUCUGUCGUAUACGUGGAGCCCUCCAUCAGCAGAGGUUGAGGGAGUUUUGACCCUUUACUCCCAGAGAGGACCUGACAGUGAUGAGGAAGCAUGUUUAUCCAGCAUAGACCCGCUGAACACGGAGGAGGAUAAGUCCACCCAGAGGCCACUAGAAGUGCUGCUCCCCCAAGUGUUAGAGGACCGGUGGGGGUAUCGCCUCUGUCUGCUGGAGAGGGAUGUGGUUCCUGGAGGAGCAUAUACAAGUGAUGUGGUCCUUGCAAUACAGAGGAGCCAAAUGCUUAUCUGUCUCCUGUCAGCUGACUACCUCUCCGACAGCAAUGCUGUGUUUGUGCUGGAAUCGGGAGUCCAGGCUUUGCUGCAAAAUUCUACCUUCAAACUCCUGCUAAUAUGGACCAGUAGAGCCUCAGCAUCCCUCAUCCAGCCGGACUCCCCGCUGCCCACGCUGGUCCAAAGGGCCUUGAAGGUGCUACCCAGUCUGGAUUGGACCUCAGGCAAACCCGCCAGAGCCACCAGCAAAUUCUGGAGGUCUUUGAGGAAGGCCAUGCCUGAUCAGAGAGUGAAGCUGGUUUCACUCAUGCAGAACCAGACACAUUUUAUCCUAACAUGAUGUACAGCGUUUUUAUUUUACAAUGCAGCCUCUUACUGCAUUCUGCUCACUAGUGCUGUUUGCCAGCCAGUGGAAGACAUAAAUGAACAAAUGUAUCAAUGUAAUGUCCAUAAUGGUAGGAUUCAAAAUCAUAAAGUAUCAUUUUCAAAUGAAAGGAAAAAAGUGAGUCACCCUUUGUACCAUGCACAGGGCACUCAGUGGAAUAUACUCUUAUCUUUAAUUUCCAUCUGAACCAAAAAUAAACUUUUAGUUUAACAGUGCAACAUAAUCAAUUACCUAUCGACUCUAAAAUAAUUAAAAAUAAUGAAUAUAAAAGAGGAUUUGUACUACUACUAAAAGAUGGAUGCUAUUACCAAUUUUCCUUUAAGAACCUUUGAUGUGGCUGUUUCUAUGUAAGUUUAAGGAGAGAAAACUCCUUAAACGUAGUUUAAGUAGUUCAUGUAUUGUACCAGCAGACAUGUCAGCAAAAAACAUUU